AUGGUUGACUUGAACAACCUAACCGUCGGCUACGUGUCCGGUAUCAUCGCCGCUGCCAUUUUCGUUGUCCAGAUAUUCGUUCCGACAGCCUUACCAGUCAUUCUUCUUGGGCUGCUCAAUGAAAACCAUUCGGCUGCAACUGCAACGGCGGUUGGAUGGUCUGUCGUCGGUCGAUUCCUGCAUUCCUCCUACUGGCCCACCAUUCUCUCUGGAGACACUGCGGCGACCUCACAAGUCCCUGCGCGCGUGGUGACCAUUUCCGCCCUGAAGUCGUUCUUCACAAUCUUGAUCGGCGUGGCGGCCAUUGUUACUCCUCUUGGUCUCUACCAAGACAUCAUCUCGAGCAACACAGAAACCACAUCCGCUUUUCAUUAUAUUGCAGACAAGUCAGAAUUUGGUCUUGGAACUCCUCCAAGGACCUACCUCCCUUGGAGCCGUAUCUGUGGGGGAUGGACCCCAGCCAAUUGUCCGAACUCGCCUGAGACCAUAACCUAUUUCACCAAUGCCACGGGAGAAUACUUUUCAGCAGAUUACUACGACUCCCAUGUACCUCAAUAUGUCAUUGAUGUGUUCGGAAGCGGCCUCGCAACCCAACCCAAAUCCGUCUCGAGCAUUUGGGACAUCCAGUCACGAUCGUACACUUGGUCGCAAAUCAACGACAAUCCUAGCGCACUAGUAGCAGACAAUGGAUCGGCCUACCCUGUCACUGCAUACCGACAGAUUUCUACCAUGGUCUUGGAAGAUGACUAUCUUGCCAUUGAAGGCCUGGUGGUGGACAUGAAGAACGGCGGAAUCGGUUUCAGGAAUCACAGCGCACCACCCGUGUCGCCGUUCGGCAGCGCAUGGUCUGAAGACCUGCUCUUCGUGGAGCCCGAAUCGGUCUGUGUCGAUACGAACCUCACUUUGGACUUCACCAUCCCUGUAUACACUAGCUUUGGGAGACAAGUCUCGGAUCUGGUGCUGACAGACCGAGGGGGCUUUGCGAACCUCAUUCAAAAGUAUCCACUUUGGGACCGUGAGGACACGCAGAAAAACCCAGACCUCUAUUUGCGCGCAUACAAGGCCGCUUGGAUCAACAAUGCGUGGUCCAUGGCGUUUAUGAACGUGACCAAUUUCGCCAAUCAGAGCGACCCAGACUCUCAUGCCUUUGAAUACCUCAAUUCUCACGUGGGAAAGACCUUUCCACUCAUGAGCUCCAACACAUCGGGACUCAGCGGCAUGUCCAGUUCUCUGGGUCCUGAUCUUCUCACGACGUCGACCCUUUUCGGGUACUACUUAUCCGGUUUGGAUCAGGGGACGGGAAUAUACGACAAUUAUAGCUCUUCGCUCAAUCUAAGCACCUCCAGCACUCCAUCAGUUCCGCCGCUAUAUUCAAAUCCUUUCAAGAUCACUCAGUCAAACUUUUCCAGUGCCGAACUUCUUUGUCAAGGCGCUGGUGGCCAGGAUAUUGCGAACAUCACUAAUUUUGCCGCUGCAUGUGGGCUGCUCUAUGGAGCACCUCGGCGGAGAGGCGGGAGCGAGUCAGUCGUCUUCGAGCCCGGCUCCAAGUGGACUAUCCCGUUGUACUCGUGCAUUUCGACCUCGAAAGCCGUGAUCAAGACUGUUUCCUUCCGCUUCAACGGAAGUGACGAUCUCUCCGGGCUAACCAUCACCAAUAUAUCCAACAAGGUCUACCCCAACGAGACUUCCAAGCCUCUCUGGGGCGUUGAGAAGACUAACAAGGUCCUUGCCGAUGUCCGCGUUUUGUGGGGUCUCCUGUCAGGACCGGACCAAGGCAACGUGAGUGUUACAACGUUGCGAAAGGAAUCCCUCUACCUCCCUGGCUAUGUUGGCGGAGGAGGUGGAGGCCCACUGUCUGUUGGCUAUCAGAACCUGCCGGGUCUCGAUUUUCACGCCGAUGCCCUUGGAGCAAUCUACGACAUCUCCUCCUACGGAAGCACGGGCACUACAGACUAUUCCGGCAGAUCGAAUCUGGCCAUGUAUCGGCUCUGGCAAGAUCUCUCGCGCACUCCAGCGACCGCCGCCCGGAUGCUGAAUCUCAUUUGGACGGACGUGGCGGCGAACUCGGUCGUCGGCACGAGAAGCCUGCAACAGCCACUGCAGAGAUCCCUGCAGAAACGCGACGACAGCUCCUCGUCGCAAGGUGGUGACGAGGAUCCGACCCUCCUGAUGCCCGUAACCGUGUUCGAGCGACGCGUCAGGUACCACAUGGUAUACGGCAUUCCGGCCUUCAUGACCCUCCUCGGCACACUGUGCGUCCUCGUCGCCGUCCUGGUCGUCUUGUGUCUGGGCCGAGCCGGCACCGCCAAGAUGCGCAGAUACCUGGACCGGACGUCGCCGGGGCGCCUCAUGACCUCACACGCCACCCUCGACAGUCACACUCAUAUUCACCCGUUCGAGUCGGAGUCGGAGAAAUAUCGCAGCGACACAGGAGGAAGUGUGCGGUCCACUAAGGAUUGGAUCACCACUCAGGGUCGGAGAGAGAUCACGCUGUCCCAGGCCGCGGAUGGCUCCAUCAUCGUAGAGGAUCCGCAGGCGGAGCGUGCACCGCUGCCCGUGGUGGAGCAGCCAUACGCGCCCGCUGCGCUCCGGAGUGCGCGCAGUUUACCUCUUCCCGCCGAAGCGCUGGCUUGCAACACUUCGAUAGAGUUACGAGCCUGCGAACGAACACCCAACUCCAAACGCUCCCUUCGCCGUCAACACAUUCUGAGCCUGAGCCUGAGCCUGAGCCUUCACAAAAUAGACAACGUGUGCUGGAGGGGUCUUGUUUGGAAGCAGAGAAACCCCGACGACAUUCGAGAGACUGCAGCCCUUCGAACCCUGCUGGCCCUUCUAUCGAUCCUGGGCCUGACGAUCCGAUCGCUCACUGGGUCACCACCUUAUCCUGGCCCAAAGACUUUUGGCGACGAGGCUUCGCUUUGUGGCUCAUAUCUGAACGGAAGUCGUGGAGUCGUGAAGUCGUCCGUUUUCAGCCAGGAGCAAUUCGCAAACGUCCUUGAUCGUGUCCGCCAUCUGAACGAGACGCGCAUUCAACGCGACAUCACACCUUGGGUUGUACCCUCUGCAGAAACACUCUUUAUCCGAGGUGAGCACCUCCACGGCUGGAUCGGCGAGGAGCUCAACGCAGAAUGGAUCAGGUGCGCUACGUUGGGAAGCACCACGCCGAAGCCUGACUAUACAGCUGGUCUUCAACGUACCAGCUUCUCGGAAGAAGAGAUCAGAAAGUUAGAAAAUUACGCUACUCCCGAGAGGCCAUUCUACUUCACUCCCGACUUAUGUUUCCCUUUCCUCAUUUGUGAAGCCAAGACAGGGGAGAGAGGUUUGAAUGAAGCAGACUGUCAGAAUAUUCACAGUGGAAGUAUCGCAGUAAGAGCCAUAAUGUCACUCUAUCAGGAAGCCUUUGCUGGCGAACAGUCUUGCCGCAUUGCAGAGUUACAUGGUCAAGUCCUGGUAUUCACAGUCUCACACGACAAUGACCGAGUCUUUUUGUAUGGACAUUAUGCUGUGCCUGAUCGCAACUUCUCUGGCGGACUCAGAUACUACCGCUACCCCAUCGCUUUGUACAGUUUGUCCACUAACAAUGGCGCGGAUCGUUUGAAGGCCUACAAUUUUGUUUGUACUGCCUACGAGAAAUUUGCACCCGAUCAUCGACAACGAAUCAAGGAUGCCGUGGCUCAUUUACCUCUACCUGCAGAUUGGACAGGCCCCUCUUUCAGAGCAUCAGACGUCAGCGUCAAUCCUUUAGACGCACAGCCGGAUUCGCAAGCUGAGUCUUCGCAGGGCGACGACGUUUUCAAAAGACCGGGUCCACCUUCAAGCGCGUCACGAUUGAUAGAGGUGGAGAGUCUGCGGAAACAGCUUGAUCAGGAAAGACACGAGAGCAAGCAACAGUUGGACCAACUGCUCGGUCAGAUGGAGCGACAGCUGCAACAGCAGAGAGAAGACAGCAAGGAGCAAAUGGAGCAAAUGGAGCGACAGCUACAACAGCAGAGAGAAGACAGCAAGAAGCAAAUGGAGCAAAUGGAGCGACAGCUACAACAGCGGAGAGAAGACAGCAAGAAGCAAAUGGGGCAAAUGGAACGGCAACUGGAACAGCAGGGGCAAAUUAUUGCGCUUCUCCACGCAAAAAGCAAUUAA